AUGGAGUCUAUAAUCGCUGAUGAAAUGGUGAGAUAUUUUGAAAGUCUACAAAUCAUCUCCAACCUCCAACAUGGAUUCAGACGCGGACGAUCUUGCCUCACCAAUCUACUACUUGCUCGGGACUCAUGGACCAGGGCUGCUGACGAGGGAGUUCCCGUAGAUGUGAUUUACUUAGACUUUUCUAAGGCAUUCGACAGAGUCAAUCACCCAGCACUUCUCCGAAAGCUUGCGGCCUAUGGUAUCCACGAAUCCUUGCUCACAUGGUUGGAAAGUUACUUAUACGACAGAAGAAUCGAGGUAAGGAUCGCCAACACCCACUCCGAUAGCCUAUGCGUCACUAGCGGCGUACCGCAAGGAUCAGUUCUCGGCCCGUUACUCAUUUUA